GGGAUCUUGCGAGGUCGGUGAAGCUUCGCUGAGCUCCUGCUCCGGAACAGGGACGCGGACGCUGACGCGCGCGGACUUUCUGCGGAGCGACCGAGCCCGCCUCUAUUGACAGCAUUUCAGAAGGCACCAGCUUUUCUCCUUGGACCCAUUCAUCAAAAGAAAUAUGCUUGUACUAUUUUUAAAAGCUUUUUACUUCAUCAGAGGGAAGUUCACUCCCCAAGAUGGAAAUGAAUACAUAUGAGAAGAUGAUGUAAGGUGUGACCAUUAGGUGUCCCAUUAGUCACUGAAGGAAUAGAUUAUCUGAAACACACCUUUCAGUCAGGAAUACAGCAACUGUAUUCAAUUCUUAUUUUCUGAAAUGAAAAGGAAGAGACAAGACCAGAUUUAAAAUAAGUGAAGAUGCUUUAUAUAUAAUCAGGAUCAGCUCUAUUCUUAUGAUGAUAACGGUGAUGUCAAGUGAGUUCCAGAUCUGGGUGUGGUUCUAAAGACAAAAUUCUUAAUGGGACUGAAGGUGAGAGCAAUAGGACCUUUUGUGCAUUCAACCCCCAGUGGCAAAAUUUGUCAUCAUUUGCAUGAGUGGCUCAGCCACGGAAAUACAGUAGCUUUCAUCUAAAUCAGAAAGAAGCACAGUCAGUUUUUUUACUACUAUUAUUUUGAAAACUUCUUCAAAACUGUCUAAAAAGCAUCGGCGACUAUUUUUAUAGAUUAAAGAAAGGCAGAUGUCUGCAAAUAAUUCUCCUCCAUCAGCCCAGAAGUCUGUGUUACCUGCAACUGUUUCUGCUGUGCUUCCAACUCCUUCUCCGUGUUCAAGCCCCAAGACAGGACUCUCAGCUCGGCUUUCUAAUGGCAGCUGCAGUGCCCCGUCACUCACAAACUCUAGAGGCUCAGUGCAUACUGUUUCAUUUCUACUUCAGAUUGGCCUCACACGAGAAAGCGUUACCAUCGAAGCCCAGGAACUGUCUCUGUCCGCCAUCAAAGACCUCGUGUGCUCCAUUGUUUAUCAGAAGUUUCCAGAAUGUGGAUUCUUUGGCAUGUAUGAUAAAAUUCUUCUCUUUCGCCACGACAUGAACUCAGAAAACAUUUUGCAGCUGAUCACCUCAGCAGAUGACAUACACGAAGGAGAUCUUGUAGAAGUUGUUCUGUCAGCCUUGGCCACAGUAGAAGACUUCCAGAUUCGCCCUCAUACUCUCUAUGUACAUUCUUAUAAAGCACCUACUUUUUGUGAUUAUUGUGGUGAAAUGCUCUGGGGAUUGGUACGUCAAGGAUUAAAAUGUGAAGGCUGUGGAUUAAAUUAUCAUAAACGAUGUGCCUUCAAGAUUCCAAAUAACUGUAGUGGAGUAAGAAAGAGACGUCUGUCAAAUGUAUCUCUGCCGGGACCUGGCCUCUCACUUCCAAGACCCCUGCAGUCUGAAUGUGUACCCCUUCUCAGUGAAGAGUCACAUGCUCACCAAGAACCAAGUAAGAGAAUUCCAUCCUGGAGUGGUCGUCCAAUCUGGAUGGAAAAGAUGGUGAUGUGCAGGGUCAAAGUUCCACACACUUUUGCUGUCCAUUCCUAUGGCCGUCCAACAAUAUGUCAGUACUGCAAACGGCUACUGAAAGGCCUCUUCCGCCAAGGCAUGCAGUGUAAAGAUUGCAAAUUCAACUGCCACAAACGCUGCGCUUCAAAAGUACCAAGAGACUGCCUUGGCGAGGUUACUUUCAAUGGAGAACCUUCCAGUCUGGGAACUGAUACAGAUAUACCCAUGGAUAUUGACAGUAAUGAUAUGAACAGUGACAGCAGUAGGGGCUUGGAUGACUCAGAGGAGCCAUCCCCACCAGAAGACAAAAUGUUUUUCCUGGACCCAACCGAUCUUGAUGUGGAGAGAGAUGAGGAAACUGUUAAAACAAUCAGUCCAUCCACAAGCAAUAAUAUCCCACUGAUGAGGGUUGUACAGUCCAUCAAGCACACAAAGAGGAGGAGCAGCACAAUGGUGAAGGAAGGGUGGAUGGUCCAUUAUACCAGCAGGGAUAACCUGAGAAAGAGGCAUUAUUGGAGGCUUGACAGCAAAUGUCUAACAUUGUUUCAAAAUGAAUCUGGAUCAAAAUAUUAUAAGGAAAUUCCACUUUCAGAAAUUCUCCGCGUAUCUUCACCACAAGAUUUCACCAGCAUUUCACAAGGCAGUAACCCACACUGUUUUGAAAUUAUCACUGAUACGGUGGUGUACUUUGUUGGGGAGAACAAUGGGAGCAGCUCUCAUAACCCUGUUCUUGCUGCCACUGGAGUUGGACUCGAUGUAGCACAGAACUGGGAAAAAGCAAUUCGCCAGGCCCUCAUGCCUGUAACUCCUCAAGCAAGUGUUUGUACUUCCCCAGGUCCAGGAAAAGACCACAAAGAUCUGGCUACCAGUAUCUCUGUGUCUAACUCUCAGGUCCAGGAGAAUGUGGACAUCAGCAGCGUUUACCAGAUCUUUGCAGAUGAGGUGCUUGGUUCUGGUCAGUUUGGCAUUGUUUAUGGAGGAAAACACAGAAAGACUGGAAGGGACGUGGCUAUUAAAGUAAUUGAUAAGAUGAGAUUCCCCACAAAGCAAGAGAGUCAACUCCGGAAUGAAGUGGCGAUUUUACAGAAUCUGCACCACCCAGGGAUUGUAAAUCUGGAGUGUAUGUUUGAAACCCCUGAACGAGUCUUUGUAGUGAUGGAAAAACUUCAUGGAGAUAUGUUGGAAAUGAUUCUGUCCAGUGAAAAAAGUCGACUCCCAGAACGAAUUACUAAAUUCAUGGUCACACAGAUACUUGUUGCCUUGAGGAAUCUACAUUUUAAGAACAUUGUGCACUGUGAUUUAAAACCUGAAAACGUGCUGCUUGCAUCUGCAGAGCCAUUUCCUCAGGUAAAGCUGUGUGACUUUGGGUUUGCACGCAUUAUUGGUGAGAAGUCAUUCCGGCGAUCAGUGGUGGGAACUCCAGCCUACUUAGCCCCCGAGGUUCUCAGGAGCAAAGGCUACAACCGUUCCCUAGACAUGUGGUCAGUAGGAGUUAUCGUCUAUGUGAGCCUCAGCGGCACAUUUCCCUUCAAUGAAGAUGAAGAUAUAAAUGACCAAAUCCAAAAUGCUGCAUUUAUGUACCCACCAAAUCCAUGGCGAGAAAUCUCCAGUGAAGCAAUUGAUUUGAUAAACAACUUGCUUCAAGUGAAGAUGAGAAAACGUUUCAGUGUUGACAAAUCUCUCAGUCACCCUUGGCUACAGGAUUAUCAGACUUGGCUUGACCUCAGAGAAUUUGAAACUCGCAUUGGAGAACGUUAUAUUACACAUGAAAGUGAUGACGCACGCUGGGAAAUACAUGCAUACACACACAACCUCGAAUACCCAAAGCAUUUCAUUAUGGCCCCCAACCCAGAUGAUAUGGAAGAGGAUCCUUGAUCACCAGUGAGGAAAGAUUCUCUGCUGCAUGAUUGUCACUCUCUGCAGGCUUGUCAUUGCAAGGAGGGAGAGUCAUGAGGACACAGAGCAACUGUGGCACCAAUACUAUAGUUCAUAACGAGUAGGUACAUGACAGGAAACUGAAUAAUAAAAUCAUGUAAUGAAAUCAGAACGGAACUUGUUAGAAAUGUUUAUAGAAGCAAUAACUGGUUCUGUAAUUGUCCUUACUCCAUCACAUUAGCACAAUGUGAAUUAGCACAUAAUUUAUCUCUCCUUUGCUGUUAUUACAUCAUUUUUUUUAAAAGCCUAUGACUGUCUAGAUAUUGCCCAUGAGGUUGGUUACUCAACAGGUUUGUAGUUAAGCAGUAACUCUGAGGCUAACAAUAUAUGGUUUGCUGUAAGGACUUUUAAUAUUUGUCUAUUGUUGGAGGAAGAUACUGAUUCUUUCUGGAUCCCUAUAAAUGCAACACUGUACUGCUAACCUUUUGGAGGCUAUGUCUUUAAAUAUGGUCUGUAUGACAAAAAUUAUCCCCUUUUCUCUGUUGCAGUAGCCACUAGGAUAAUUGGACAGUUGGGUGUUACAAAAUGAAUAGAUAUAGCUGGUCAUCACGGUGCAAGCUGUAUGCCAACAGCCAGUAGGCACAGCUCUACAUUCAACAAUGUAAUUAGUCCUCACAUGGGGUUGGAUAAUUUAUAGACAAAUACACACUAAAGGGAAAGCUAAUACAGUGUCAGUAAAUGCAACUCCACAGCAAGCAGUAUCUUCUCUUUUUCCCAUAGCCUUUGGAUGGGAUCUGUGAAUAUCUAGAAUUUUUUAAAUUAGCAUUUUAUUUUGAGCAGUUAGGGGGAGUUGGUUGAAGUCAAACAUGAAAGUUCAGUUUAUCAGGGUGGAACCAUGUUACCAGCACAGCAGAUGAAGAAAGAAUAAGAAUUUCUUACACUUCAGCUCUAGGAGUCAGCUGUUUUUGUAGUAGUUAAUAUGGUUCAGUAUCCCUAAUCUGAACAGUUGAACACCAGAAGGGUUUCAUCUUUCCAGAUCUGUGUACUCCACUGCCUGAGCAUCCCUAAUUUAUAAAUCUGAAAUCCUCUAAAAUCUAAAUUUGAGUUCUGAGGCACCUUCCGAGUUUCACAUUAGUGAUGUUCCAGUUUGUGCUUUAACCCAAAGAAAAGGAUCCUCUUGAAGGAAGUACAGUAGCUAUUCCUCACUAGUCACCAAGAAUAUGUUUUUAUUGUUGUUCCUUUUCUGUGCUAAGAGCUAAGACUUGGAGUCUGAGAACCUGGAUAUGAGUCUUAGCAUAUUUUUUUAAUCUGUUGGGUUGGGCAGGAGACAGUUUGUGUACGCAUUUAGCUUCUCAGUCUGUAGAAUGGAGAAUGUAUAAAUUGCUGCCUCUGCCUUCCUGGUUUGGCUGUGAAGAUGGGAAUGUCAGUGUUGAUAGUUACCACUGAGUCUGAGGUAGCAAAGGAGAAACGGUCUUGUGUGAGCAAACCAAGACUGAGAGUGCCUUCGCAGGUGACAAAGCAGCCAUGGAAUCUACCAAGAGUUAAAAACACCCUUGAAGAAACAUUAUAGGCUGCCCCUGUGUUGUAAGUUUUUAUGCUUUAAAUUAUUCUCACAAUUGCCACAUAACUACAAACAUUUAAAGAAGUUGAGGCACAAGGUUAGCUGCUAAAGUUCAUAGAAAUUGAAUAUGGAUUUGAACCCAGGCCUGUGUCCCAAGUCCCUUUUAACUAUCCCAGCCAUUGAUAAUAUACUGUAUAUCUGUAUCUCCAGGAGACUUUGCACAUCUCUCUGUAAUUGUUUUCAUACAGCAGUUGUGAAGAAUAAUUUUAAGAAACUUCUAUGAAUGGAUUUUCCCUAUGAUAGGUGAUGACUUCCCUCCAUUUUAUGAAAGGUCUGCUUGGCCAACAUGUACAAGAUGGAAUGAUUUCUCAUCACUCUGCAGUCCACUGUGGCUUUACUGUGUGAGGUGGAAACUCAGCGGAGUGACUGUUCAUUUGCUGUACUGCUAUACUCAGGCUUUACAAGCCAUGAAAUUAAUUGCACUCUGUUUUUGUUGAAGGCCUGUGCUGUCUAAAGAGAAAGAGACUGUCAAGGCACUGUCAGAUAGUCUGGCGUUAAGUAACUACUCCACUGUUUAAACUGCAUAACUUUUUGUCUUUGUCUUAAAGCCAAGUUGUGUUUGCAUAAAAUGUAAUUGUUUCCUAGAAACAUGUGAUAAUUUUCAAAGUAGUGUAUAAUGACACUGUUUCAUACAUUUUAUAUUUUUUGUUACAUCCCACUUUUUGUAAAUAUUCUCAAAACUUGAUAAUAAAAUGUAUUUCUAUAUCA